AUGUCCGCUUCACUACUGCAAAAAUCAGCCAUCAAGCCGGACCCGGACCUCGAGGUUCCGCUUGACGAUUACAUAACCGCAGAUGAAGCCAGACUUGUGCAAAAAGGAGACUUCAACGCCUUACAACGUUGGCGAUAUAACGCGUGUUUCAAAUCUUCUUCAUUUCCCGAUCCAUCAUAUGAACUUCUUGAUACCGAAGAAUAUCUCCGAGAAAUCGUCCAAGAAGAGAUGGCUAUCAAAAAUAGUCCAGCCACAGCGGAAACCGAGAAAAGGCUUCAGCACCUCGGUGCUGAAUACUGGCGCUAUUCCCAGACUUGGUGGUGUUGCCGUUCGAAUAUGGUAUACAUGCAACUAAGGGCCUUUCUUCUAUGGCGAUCACAGACGGAAUGGUAUAUGCACCCUCACCUUGUGGAAAUGUGUGCAGGUCUACAAGGAUGUUGCGCUCGUGGAUGUGGAUGUUGUACCAACCGAAAGAUUGAUCCGUCGCGCACUCUUGGUGUUGGUCAUUGUACGGUUGAAUGCGUAUGCUGCCAACGGACGAGAGGCUUCGAGUUGACAUCAGACGACAAAAAGAAGUUCAAAGGCAUGUUCAAGAUGGACUAUCCAUUCGAUAGCUGCCGCCUUAUCAAAAUGAUGCUCGUCUCAGUUUGGGGCAUCUGCGCAGACGAUUCGGUGGGCACAUGUGAUAUCAUUGCUGCUCCUCCUAGCUACAAGCAGAGUGAAGGAAAAAAGAUGGGUCUGAGAAAGUGGUUCCAGCAGAAAAUCUGGAACUGA